CGUGUUUCGAACGCCAAGGCAAGCACGCUGUCGUCGACCAGUGGCGUGUAGUGAAGUUUUGUAAAGGCAAUACGCGCGCUUGAAGUUUGAAGCUCAAUUUACUCAGAGGCUGGCGCGCAACGCUCGCGCAAAUAAACAAACAACACGCAUCCGCGUGGUUAAGGUCGCACGCGGGUUGUUUUGUUUCCUCCGCGUGACAGUUUUUGUAUACUUUUUGCUGUGCUGUGUGUUUAAGUUGUUUUUGUUGUAAAGCAAGCAAUUGUCCUAGUGGUGGACAAAUGCGUCGGUGUACGUUAACUGGAGCUGUAUCAAAACAUAUUCGUUCGAUUGACGAUUGUACCACAGUUUACCAUCAAACGACAGGGAAAGCGAUGGCAGUGAUUUGAAAAGUGAUACAACAACCGACCACCACGACCUCAGAUUUGCAGAUGAAAUCUGACUGUUUUCGGCCGGUGUGGAUUUAGUGAGUGUUUUUUAACUGCGCGGGGAAAGAAGCCGGCAAAGGCAAACUUUCACAAAUCGGCCAACCGUUUUCGGUUUGAUAUGAAUAAUUAAUUUCCCGCCAGUUGUUUUGCGCCAACACGCACGCACACAUGAUAGGGUGGUGCGCUUUGAUGUGAUUCUUGUUGAAAAGGGAGUGUGAAAAGGCAGGGAAGCGUGAAACCCCCUUUUGGCAACGAAAAACUACGCAACAAGUGUGUUCUGAAGGGAUAACGCAAAAAGGCCGCCAACAUAAACCAAACAGUAAUCAGCAACCGUCUGGAGCGAAUUUGUAUGUGUGCGUGUGUAUGGUUGCGGUGUGCAAGAAAGGUUCAGAAAGGCUUGCCAUGUGAGAGCGAAGUUUUUACUUUCGUUCGGAAUCGCUCACCAUCCGCGGGUGACUUUUAGUUUCGUUCCGAUGCUAAUGGUGUCCGGUUUGCUGUGCCGUCGCAGACCUGGGCAGGAGCAGUAAAUGGUCUCCUUAACGAUGGUGCUGCAGGUGCUUGGCGAUUGUGUCGAUUCUGUCUAACCAGUGUCGGUGGUUUCACCCUUUGUGUGUGAGUGAGUGUGUGUACCAUUAAAAGUUUGACAAAACGAACCGAGGAGAAGCAUAAUCAUAAACACACUUUAACCUCACCCAAAAAAAAAACCCAACAGUCACCUUCAGCUGGAGACAGUGAAAACAACAAAGAAACCUUGUUCGAUCGAUAGCCGAUUUUGAGUGCGCCGAAGUCGUCGUCAUCUUCAGGUGGAACCGGUUUCCCUGGUGUAGUAAGGUGUAUGGAUAUAGAUAGCGAAACGCUCGCCCCCAAGGAGCAGACGUACAGGUGAUCUCUUAGACCGUUUGUUUAAGAUCGUGAAAGAUGCGUUUGCUACCACCGCGUGACACGUACCAUCGCCAAGAACGUCCAAGUAGCUGCUGAUAUUGAUUUUGCACAGUACACACACACAUAGAGUACCAGCGCUAACAAAACGUGUGACCGCCAAAGUCGUCGCAGGUGCCCCCGGUAGCGUGCAGGGGAAUUUAUCGAUUUUCUCGCGACGACCGUCCUGUUUACCAGCUGUUGGUGCUCGCCCGGAUACACAGUCACGAACGCCACGUAACCCUGCAAAUCCGCGGCCACGGGUGACAGAAUCAGUUGGCAGAAUGUAUUUGGUACAGACUGUACAGACGGCAUCCCCGUGGAGGCCACAGUUACCGCUGCCAAAGGACAUAACGACUCAUGUGCAGCAGCAGCAGCGACAGCAAGCCAUGGAAAAGGCAACAACGACGGCACACAAAGCGAAGGACGCUAAGGACAAGAAGUGGUCGCUGGGCAGUCUGUUUCGCAAGAAGAAGAAGGACCUAGAGACGGACUCGAGCUCGGAGGAGGACCGGAAGGCGGGCUUUGUGCCGGUCAAGAGCCAGGGCACGCUGAACGGCAAGCGCAAGAAGCGUUCGAGCAGGAUCGUGGGUGCUGGAUUUGAUCACAUUGUAAUCAAUCCACAACAGCAACAGCAGCAGCAGCAGCAGCAGCACAUAAUACCGCAUCAUCAGCACCAUCCACAGCAACAGAACCAGUACGGGUUCCGGGAAACUGACGGCGUAAACACGAUCGAACGAUACCCCGGGAAUGGAUCGCUCGAUCGACGGGGAAGAAAGACAGACCGGUCGAGCAGACAUUCAAAGGAGCGGCAGUCAUCAAGCGAUGAGGAGUCGCAUCGAUCGUCCUCCAUGUCGCGGUUCCGCAGUGACGACAGCUUGGGCAAUCAUAGUGCCGGCUCGCAUCGAAAGUCUCGUACGGCACGCACCGAGCGUUACCUGAAGCGUAUGUCCCGUGACGAUGGCGGUAGUCCGCAGGGCUCGAUCGUACCAGCGCCUACCGUCAAUCGAUGGCACACGCAACCGAUUUCACCCAGUAUGCUGCACGGUGGCAGCGUUCAGUCAAUGGACGUUACCUAUCGACGACACCAUCCGCACCAUCACCACACGCAUCACCAUCAUCAGCCGCAGCAGCAACCACUCCAGAUGACGCUGCGCAAUUCGGCCAGCUUAACGAACGUUCCGCACCAUCUGUAUCAGUCGAGCUCGCCGAACUAUGCGCAUCAGUUGAACUACUCGACGGCACCGCCGUCCCACGGUACGGGUAACGCACCGGCAGCUGUAACGUACGAAAACAGCUUCUACAUACAGAGCAAGGCGAGCUCGAUGCGUGACGCUAUCCGCAGUCCACCGCCGAUUCCUCCCAGGGAUCCUCAGCGACGGCUCACGAUCGGUCACACCAACGAGGCACGGCCCGUGUCUUAUGCGUUCGAUCGAUUCCAUCAGGUGCCGGGUAACGUUUGGCAAUCGAACGGCAAGUGUAACAGUGAGGAUCGCUUGUGGGGAUCGAUGCAGCCAGUGCAGCGUACUGCUCCCAGUGCACACUCUGUAACACCACCAAGAGCUACCUCUGUACAGCCGGCUGAGGUACAACAGCAGCAGCAACAGCAACAACAACACAGACAGCGUUACAUAUCUCGACAGCAGCAACCACCAGUUACCACCAUCCAGCCACCGAGUACACCACCGAGUAGUGUGGCUUACCAUCACCAUCAGCACCAUCAGCAUCAACAGCAGCAGCAGCAGCACCAUCAGCAGCAACCGAACUAUCAUGCGACACUGCCUGCCACACCACCGCAGCACUCGGUAGAGUAUCGUUACGUAACGGAUGUAACGCCUCGUUCGCGCAAACCGAUCCAGAUACAAGAUCGCACCUUCGAACCGUACGAACCGAAGCUAGCCGAUCCGGUGCCGACGGGCAGUGAGUCUUCCCUCGCCUACACCAGCACCCCCACACCGACCGGAGGAGGACGCGUUGGUUCGUCCUCACGGUCGCUGCGUGCGGACAGUUCCGACUCGGUCGGUGGUGGAGGUGGUUCGCGCACUCCUCAACAGUCUGCAUCCGCCUUCUGGCGUCGCAUUGAGGAGGAACAGCAAAAUGGGUCGGUACAAUCGCGCCGUGGUCGUGCUACGGAACGUCGUCCAGGUGUGGCGGGAACGGCCAUUUCAUCUCGCUCCGUAUCGACAUCCCGAGCGCUGGAAAUCAUGAACCGUCGCAAUCAGGAGUUGACGCGCGAGCUCGACCAUCUGCUGGAUGAUAAGCAGAAUGGGAAGAAUGGAGAUGGGGAGAUGGAGAACAUUGUGAGCGGACGGUUGUAUCUGCGGCAGACCGGAGAGACAGGUGCUAACCGAGCGAAGUCGAAUGAAAAGUUGUACGAGGUGAAGAUGAAAACGGCACCGGAGCCAACGGUGGUGCCGAACAAGUACGAAGAACAUGUGGCAAAAACCGUUGCCCAAGGCACUACGGUGCAUGGAACGCACGGCUAUAGGCGAUAUGGUGAAGAGCAGCAACCUCCUGCGCCACCGAUGCGAACCAUUUCGAAGCGAAACUCCUGCUCGGAGGAAGAGCUAGCCCGGAAGCGCAAAUCGGCCAACCUGGAGGAGGCAAUCAACGAGCUGGAAGCGAUCUACAAGAGCCUCAAGCUAAGCGAUGAAGAUCUGCUGGAGCGUGCGGAGCAGCGAGAUCUUCCCACACCGACAGGGUUCAGCCAGCGGGCGCGUCACUAUCGCUACGAUGCGGAUGCAGAUGAGGAGCGAGCUAAGGCCGAGCCAGAUGUACAGCUUGAUGAUCUAAGCUACCGUAGCAUCAAGCGAGCAAACAGCUCGAUCAAAGCGCCAGAUACGCAGCCACCGUUCGGUAUUCCAGUCGGACCGAUACCACCCUCCCCGAACACGGACUAUCUGACGGUGCAGGCACCGGUGAAGCAGACCAAGCCACGCUUCCAACCGCAACGAUCUCCGGAUCUCGUGGCAGACGAUCUCGCCUUCCGACAGCUGCGCAAGGACAAGGAUCUACUGGCAUGUAUCGAUCGCGCCGGCGUGCGUCAUGCACCACCAUCGCAGAGCGGUAAUACUAGCAGCGGGUCGGACGACUCACGCCAGAAACGUUCGACCGGUUCGCUAUCGUCCAACAUCUACAGCCAGAUACAGCGCGAUGCGGCCAAACCUUCGGGUGGAAAUCUGGAGGACUACUACAAGAUAGAGCUUUACGCAAAGAGUCUGCGAGAAGCGACCACCCCUGGUCGGGAGGUGGUGGCACCGGCACCGAAGUCGAAAGAUGCCUCACCGGCAAAGGAGAAGCCAGUUACCAUGCGUCCGAAGAGUGGCACGACACUGCCGAAGGAGAAUCGGGGCGCCGUGUUCAAUCUCCCUUCAACGCUGAAGUCAAGCUCGUCCGGAAGUCCACCCAAGAGCCCGGCAGCGACAGAGGGAAGCAGUGCCGGUUCGACACCUACUCCACGACCGCGCUCCGGCACCGAACCGGUCAUUGUGGGCGCAAAGCAUAAGGCCGAGUUUGAGGAGAUCCUGAACGCGAUCGCACUGGAGGCGCAGUCUACGAGCGAGAAGCUUGGGGCCGAUCUGGCCGAACUUCGCAAAGAAACGCAGUCCGUGUCGAGUGGCACCAGUCCGGAGGGGAAGUCGGUUGGAGGGGCGCGUCCCAUUUCCAAGACGAUUGCACCCACGAAAAAGGAGGAGGUGGUGGUUGUAGCCGCCAGAGCUACUGUGAAGUCACAGCGAAGUGAGACACCGAAGGAGCUGGCCGAGGUGGCGCAAGCGGCCAAGUACUGUGAGCGAAUGUUGCGUGACGUUAUUGAAGAGGCACCCAAGAAGGAGAUGCGAAAGGAAGCGUCUGCAUCGAGCAAGCUGUCGCCGAAGAAACGGGAGCAAAGUCCGAUCGAACGUGCUCCAAAGACGAUCGUUCCAGAGCAACCCACUAUCAUAGAACCAGCGCCAUCCAGCGAACCGUCUGUGUUGAGUGGGCUUAUAGAGCAGCUAACGCCGGCCGGUAGCUUCGAAGCGCUCAGCAAACGCUGCCAGGAGCAGCUCAGUGAGCUGGAAGCUGAGGAUGAGCAGCGAGAUGGGCGCGUUAAGUCAUCGAUCGAGCGUGAUUACGAUAAUCUGGUCGAGAGUAUCGAACCUUUUGAGUCCGAUACGGAUAAAAAGUCCACAGAGGAAGAGAUCGACAUCAUCAUGAAGGAGUGUGGCAUUGAGCUGGAAUCCAACGCUGCCCAGAAAGUGCCUGCCAGUGCGCAGACCGAGCUGAAGUCCUCGAGCGAGACCGAGCCUUGUCCAAAGUCCUCCUCCCAGAGCGUCGGUCCUAAGUCUGUCACAGCGAGCGAAACGUCCCAACAACGGGCCACCAGUACGUCUCCCUCUAGCGAGGGACGAACUAAAACGUCCCGUCCGUCGCCCCCGGUGUCUUCCGUGCGGCUAACACCGUCCGACACGGAGUCGCAGUACAACUCGUCCGAAGAGCUCGCCAUGAUCUUCGGCAUCAAGAGCCCAACACCGACAGAAAAUAAACCGUUCGUGAAUAGUGCUAUCCACGAGUUGGAGAAGAAGCUCUCAUCCGCCACUGCCAAACUAAGCUGCCAACAGCAAUCGGAAACUAAUUAUCAGCAACCGCCUCAUCAUCAUCAUCAUCACCAUCAACAGUUCACUGCAUCGUCGUAUCCACCCGUUCAUCAACCGUAUCAGGGGCACCACCACUACGCUCCUCCGCCCCCUCAUCAACCGUUCUACGAGGAGGAACCAACCCAUCGGGUAGAGGAGAGCAAAUUUCACCUCAACCUGCCGCAACAGCAAGCGCCUACGUCGUCCAACGAAAGCUCCGGUCUGCACGCAAUCUUGCAAGUGAUACGCGCUGAACAACAGCAACAACAGCCACAGCAGCAACAGCAGCAGCAGCAAGAAAAGCAAUACCAGUCCCGCAAGGAGCCGAGCGUUUCGAAACAUUGUGAUCUCUACAUCGCUACUGCCAGCACAGCCAGCAGCCCACCGCAGGGUCGCGCAUAUCAAGCACCGAACCACCAAACGACGCUACCACCGGUUAGCAGCAGCAGCACCAACAGUACUUCCUCGGUCCAGCCACCCAAGUUCAGUGCGGUAAACUUCCGGCGCGUCCAGCGGCAUCCGCCCGUCUCGUAUCCGAAGCGACCGCUCGUCACGCAACGCUCCCUGGGCUCACCGCCCUCGGUGAACGUCGGCUCGAGCUACUCACCGUCCGGUGCGGCGGGCAGCAGCAUCGCCUUUGCCGCCGCUGCAUCGUCGAUCGCAAACGGACAGCAGCAGCAGCAGCAGCAUCAACCGCGUCGUCGCCAGCACGGCUCACGGAGGCAUGAGGCCUUCGUCAAGACGCGCUCGAAAACCAUAUCGGACUUUUUCGGGCCCGAGUCGACCCCGGUCAGCCGACUGCUGAACAUAAUAUGUCAAGAGAAGGAAGCGGAAAGGGUAGCAGCGCACAUCAUGAACCAGCAGCAGUCGAACUCCUCCAGCAGGCAGGCGGUCGCGGCCAAGCCGUCCGCGAGCGCCCCAUCUAGUCACGGUACGGCCAGGGCCCAUCCGGUCCGGCCGACGCCAUCGAGCAGCGGGCCGUCGGUCGCGGUGCGCUCGCGCAAGGAAAACAUUGUGCCGAGCGUGGCCGUCCACUCCGGGUCGGACACGGGCAGCAGCAGCAGUGCGGGCGUCGCGCCCGUCCUCGUCGAUCCCGCGUUCGCCGCCAAGGAUAUAGAUAGGAUAGCGAAAUACAAAGCCGAUAGACGUAAAGCCAUUUACUUAAGAAACAAUGUCCACGAGAACGAAAAUGAAAGACUGGAACCUAGCAAAAGAUCAUCAUCUAGAACACCGAAUACUCUUCCAUCAAGUGCAAUUCUUAGCAAACAGCAGCAGUCAUCGUUACCACCCUCAUCCAAACCGACCACUACCACGAAGCGUCCCCAUUCGGCCGGGCUCGCCGCUUCCUCCACGAAAGCGGCCGGCAACAACGGCUCUACUACUACUACUACCCGACCGGUUCCGACCCGCCCGGUAGCAACCGGUGCACGGGAACGCAGCGCCAGCAGUGGCCACAAUCGAUCCGGAGAUGAGAAGCAAAGUAGUAGCGCGAACGCCGGCGCUGGCGUCACGAAACAGAUACGAACGACACGAUCGUCUCGUUUGCGGGCCGCGGCCGCUCACGGCAUGGAACCACCGUCAGCUCUCGCAAAUGCUGCAAAAUCUGUCACGGGAUCGAUGUCACUCUCCACGAUCGGAGGCACUGCCGGGGAAGAAGCUCCACGAGCCUCUCAGCAACAGCAGCAGCCACAGCUGGAACGCUCCCAGCGUGCCGUGUUUCAUCGCGCGCCGCCAGUGACGGGAUCCGCUUCCGCUAACCCACUACCAGCAUCAGCCUCCUCCCGCACGGUGUCGACGGUCACGCGCACGACACUAUCGAAACAUUCCACCAGCAAUGUAACGGCUACUAGAACGACCAGCAAGCCCUUGCCAGCAGCAACAACCAAGCCAGUGGCGAAGAAGGUUGCAGCCGCCCCGCUCCCGGCGGGAGGCGAGACUGGCCGCCGACUGGUGCCGUCGAUUGCCGUCAACAUGAAACAGAGACUCAAGACGACGACCGAAACGAUAAAGGGCGAGCGCGUAGCGAAGGUAAAGAGUGAUACACCUGCCGCCACUAUAACUACCGCCUCUUCUUCAUCUGCUGCCAAGCGAGUUCCCCUUGCCGCCGCCGCCGCCGCCAAGACGCGUAACGCUGUAGUAGUGCAGGCGGUGGAAACACCUUCCGGAAUGGUGCCGCCGGUGGAGGACGAGCGCACGCUAAUAACCGAUCGUAUGCAGUCGCUUAUGCUUCUUGACGGUGUGACGGAGCAGCAGCAGCAGCAGCAGGAGGAUAAGCCACCGGGCGGUGUGGUGGCUGGGUUUUUUGAGCGGCCAGAACCGGACGCAGCCGUCGGUACACCGCGCCUGCGAACGUCCACGAUGAAACGAUCGCAUGCGGCCCGAUCGCCGGCCCUGCCGAAGGACAUAAGCGGGCUGAGCCCGGUCAAGGGGGUGAUGCCGGGACCGGUUGAGGUGGUGCCGUCGCCGCCGAAGGAUAAGUCGGCCAAGCGCAAAUCGUUUCUCAAUCGCUCGCAGACGGACGAACCGACCGGUGGCGCAAGAACCACCACGAGCUCAGCGUCCGCGGGUCGAUACCAGCGUCGGCUAAAGAUGCCCCACAGCAGCCCGGACAUGUACUCGUCCAGCAAUCGCUCCUCGCCGGUCAAGUCAUCGUCCUCGACGGAGAAAUCACCCACCAACUCACCGCGGCCGCCGAGCUCCUCGAACCGGUCGAGCCCGAAACACGGCGGUUCGCCCGAAACGACCUCGAAGGCUGGAUCGUGCUCACCGCCCGCACGCAUCUGUUCGCGGCUGUCGGGCCAUUCGAGCGGUGGUACGGUCAACAACAGCCCAUCGCCAUGCUCGCCGCCAGCACGCAGCCCAUCGCUGGCCUACCACAUGGAACAGGCCCGCCGGGAGCUUGUGAUUUCACCGCCCCGAACGAACCGUUUGCUGAAGAUUGUGACCGAGUCGGCGGGCGCGCCCAUGGAGGAGCCCAAGCCGAAGGAAAUUGAACCAUCGUUUGCGGCGCUUUCGAUUCGCGACGCGGAGGAGAGCGUGUCCGGUGACGUGCAGAUGGAGGUAGAACCGGCGGAAGUGGUCGCAGCAGUGGUCGCGGAGGACCUUGAGGAUGAAAUAUCGGAGGAACAGUCGUCCUCGAUAGGGCAAUAUUCUAAAUUUAGUCAAAUUUUAAAAUCACCCACACUAGAGGUAGCAACAAUUAGUGAUAUGUUGGGUGAUUUAGUCGUGGCGAACGAUAAUAGUGUGGAGCUAGAGCCGCCCGAAAGGAUGGAGGUGGAUGAGGAGGCAGAGAUGCAAGUGCCAUCGAGCGCGGAACGGCGACAGGAGGUGGUGGAAGAUAUGGAAGCCGGGCCUUCUGGGCUGUGUGCGGCAAUGAACGGUGUGGCGUACCACGACGACGAUGAGGACGAAGUUGAAGAGGACGCGCCCUUGCAGCCGGUCGUGGUGGAACCACCCUCCUCCAGAGGGUACGUCGCGGUGGUGGACGUUGGUGAAGACGACGAUCUGCAGCAGGAGCAGGAGAUGCGACCCGCUAAUCGGAUCUUGUUCGACAAUCAGUUCAACGACGAGUUUGUCGUCAUCGAGAACAGUCCAAAGAGUCAGCUGAUCCAAUCGCUCGACGAAGCCGACAUCAUCGUGCUGCGCGACAACGAUGGCGGGGAGGAAGAGUACGGCGAUCCGCCACUUUCCCGUCCAUCGAGCGGCGGCUACCUGGAGAAGAAGAAAAAGCUCGUCAAGAUGAGCUCGGUGGAGCACUUUGAGCGCAAAAGCUUGUCGCCGCAGCGCGUCGGCAAGCUCAGCACGUCCUCGUCCUGCAUCUCGCGGGCGAAGAGCAUGGACGAGAGCGGUGCUGGGCUCGGCGGGGUCGGCAGCUCGUCGUCGGCCGGGCCGGCCAGCUCCUCCGGCACCUCGGCCAACCACAUCGUGUCGAUACUGAAGCGCAAAACGGCGGUCGAAUCGUCCACGGCGGCCAGUUCUGCGUCGAGCAAUGCGUCGCCGGUGACGUUCUCGCCGAGCGUCGUCGACACACCGAUACGGUCGAACCGCAAGCAGGGCAUACUGAAGAAGCGCUGCUCGCUGGACGAGAGCCGCUACAGCCGCAGCCAUUCGCCGGACGACCGGUCGAUACUGGUGAAGCACACGCGCCGCAACAGCUUUGAGGACGGGGCGAGCUCCAACCAGCAGCAGCAGCAGGCGCACGGUAUACUGAAGCAGAAGAGCUACGAAUCGAGGGAGGAUGUGUCCGGUGCGGCGGCGAGCGGUGGCACCAGCCGCAACUCGAUCGCUAGCGGUUCGGGCAGCGGUGUCAGUACGGGACCGGGGGCCAACGGUAGCAUCUCGCACGGCAUUUUGAAGAAGAAAAACGACAGCUCGUCUACGUCGACGCCGAGCGAACCGCCGAAGCAUGUGUCGAUCUCGCAGGCCGUCAUACUGGCGGCGGCCGAAAUCUGUCAGGACAUGCUGCUGGUGGACGAAGACGAGGCGUACGACAUUAAACCGAUCCUGAAACCGGACCACCAGGCGCCGGUGACGCCGAAACCGAUACUGAAGAAGAAGUACUCGUCGGAGAAUGAGGAGAUACGGCCGAUACUGAAGAGUUCGCGCAAGAGCUCGCGCGAGGAGACGUCCGACUCGGAGGAGAUGAAGCGAUCGAUACUGAAGAUCGACUCACCGGCCAAACGGACGCGAUGCAUCGUCGAGCAGCCUGCUGCUGGUUGUGGUAGUAGUGGUGAUUUGUUGCUGGGUAGCUUGGGUAGUGCCAGUUCGUCGGAAGCGGGAACGCCGGGCGCUUUGUCGUUGGUGCACAGCCGUUCACUGGAGCAUCCGGACUCGGUGGCUCCGGCGCCGAUAGUGCCGCAGGUAACAAACAUCGAAAAGCCUAUCAUUUCGGUUGCAGAGCGCAUCAGAAACAUGGAGAAGUUCCUAUCCGGAGGCAGCAGCGCUAGUGGUCAGUCUGCGUCGACUUCGGCUGCUGUUAGUAGUUCGACGGGUAGCGCCAUCAGCAGACGUGAAUCGUUCCGGUACAAAACACAACCGGUUACUUCAACAGAGAUCAACAGCAGUGCCCAACAGCAGCAGCAGCAGCAACAGCAACAGGUAUCGCCGUGCGGUUCAAGAUCCUCCCCAGAGUGUGUGGUAGAAGCUUCUGACCGGUCCGGCGAACACGAUGUCGAUCGUAGUGCAGCAGAAGAGCAUCACCACAGCACCGGUGGUGAUUGUGUGGUAAACGCAGUCGGUAACGCAGCUGCUGGACAGCUCGAGGAUACGCCGGCGGCGGCGGAGCCAGAGUUGCGUAGAGUUGCGCCAGAGCAUAGCUGCUUGCGCAGCUCGCUGGAGCUGUUGAUUCAGCGCAGCGCUUCGGUUGAUCGCCCCACGCCGCCAGUGUCAUUUGCGCUGCCGUCCGACAGUUGUGGCAUUAGUGGCUGCCUGGCGGAGGAGCCGAAACCAUCGUCCUCGUCGUUUGAGCUGCUGUCGCCCACGCUCGGCACCGCCGAAUCGAACUCGCACUCCAUUAUCAGCGGCGAGUUCAAUCUCGCCUCGCUCAGCUCCGACUCGGGCGUCCAGUUUGGGGGUGGCCGGGGCGGCACGGAGGAACUGUCCGGCACCACCGACUACGUGCUGUCGUCCUCGGUGAAGACGAGCGACAGCGAAAAGUCCCCGUCGAAGAAAACGAUCGACGACGACGACGACGACGGAGAGGAGGAGCUGCUGAAUGCGGACGAGGAACAGCUGCUGGUAGUGCGCGUCGGGGACGAGGAGUCGGACGAAGAGGAGCACCCGGUACCGGGGCGGCGUAAAGGAGGCUUGGCGGCAGCGCUACUACUGUCACCGACCUCUUCCUGCUCAUCAUCGCACGACGGUGGAGUUGGUGGAGUUGGUCCCCGUUUGCUGAGACCGUGCAGCAGCAAUAGUAGUGCGAGCAGCGAGAGCAGCAAGCAGGGUGGUGGUGGAGCAGGAAGUAAGGUUUGUGGCGUCGCUGGAGCUAGCUCGCCGGGCAGUAGUACGCCUUCCUCGUCGCCGCACAGUGGCAGUAGCAGCGAUCUAAGCGAUCGCGAAUCGGCCUCGACGGCGGCUGGAGCGGACGGCGACAGAAUGUUUGGGGGCUGCGUGGGCUUUGGCCGGAGCAGUGGCGGCGGCGGUGGUGGGACCAGCAGUGGCGGGGAGGACGGCACUGACAAGGGAUUGCUGCGACGGUCCAGCAGUGUCCGGGCGAAGGCGAGCAUGUUCGCGCAGCUGGAAAGCAAGCUGAAGGAGAACGAAAACCCACUACUCAACCGGCCGAUCGUGGCCCGUCCGAGGCGAGCUCAAUUCACAACGCAGACGAUCUCGCCAACCGACAUCGAGCGAAGCAAUAACGCCAUCAAUAGUGGCCUCAGCAGCGGCCAGUACCGCACGCCGCCACCGCCAACCACCGGCAACUCUACGGGUCAUCAUCAACCGUCGGCCCACCAACCGAUCAUGAACACGAUACCAACGAACAACAACAACAACAACAACAUCGUCUCGGAUGACUCUGGCGCCGAGUUUGAUCCCUCGACACUGCAAGUAUCGAAGAAGGUCAAACUGUUCUCGGGCGGAUGCGUAACCGUCAAGGGCGGUGGUGGUGAGGAUGGAGCUGACCAGCUAACGGCAGUAGCGGCGCUCGCGAACGGUACCGCCAACCAGCUGCCGGCGGUGCGGCGCAGGAAAACGCUACUAAAGGUGCGCACGAUCGGCAAGCUCGCGAUGCCCAAGUUUCUAAACGAUAGCAACAAUAACGUUUCCGUUCGGCAGCAGCAGCAGCAGCAGCACCAGGAGCAGCAGCAGUGCAAUGGAAACGGAUCGACCAACGGCACUGGAUCGGAGGGAGAAACGGACCUGCUGCUGCAGCACAUCGUGCCGAAGGUGGAUCGGAUACGCCGCAAGUUUAUGAGCAUCCCGUCGACGACGACAACCACCUUCCUGAACAGUACGGAGAACGGUGUGCAAAGUCCAACCCAGGGAGGCCAUGGGGAUGAUGCGAGCGAUGGCAGCGACUCGAACGUGGACUCCGGCAAGGAGAACAACUACGACAGCGGGGUGGAGAACAUGAACGGUCCGAGCCGGCCAUCGCUCGGUAGCGGCAGCUCGAACGUGCUAGCACUGAAGCGCAACUUCCUCAACAGCUCGAACCGAUCGAAAGUGACCACAACGGCACCGCACAAGGAAAAGGAUCCUGCGCUGGACGUUUCCACCGAGCUGGACGGUGUGGUGACGAAGGGCAAGGUGUCACGGCUUGCCAACCAAUGGAACCGGCUGCGCAUGACGCUCGACGUGUCGUCGAUAUUGAAAGCGCCCGGCACGACGUUUGACACACCGCCCUCGCCCACCGGGCGCAUUGGCAACGGGCUGGCGGCCGAGCGCGAAUGCGAAAGCCUACCGAUUGGCUGUGGCGAGAUGGAACGGUCGUACAAUCUGGACUCGUCGCUCGAGCGGUCGCAGAGCACGCAUCACAACAGCACGUCGCAGCAACAGUUUUCCCGCAGCUUUACGCGCAAAUCCAACGGCAGCUCGCGGUUUGCGCUGGUCGAGGAUCGGUUCGCGAAGUACUUUGGCUGCAAGGCUGGUGGGCAAAGCUCACCGGCGGCUACUGCGGCGCAGCCUGUAAGCGGGAAAUCGAUGAUGGUGACACGGAACAGUUCGGUGCGGGAGCCUAACACACCGACCAAUAAUGGGACGGCAGGCAAGCAGCAGUCACGGCGGCGUAGCCAAUCGAUGCCGAAGGAAUCGUUACUGCUCGAGCAGCGGCUGGAAACGUUGAUCAGCACGAUCGCUGCGAACGGUUGGGAUGGCAAGUGUACCGUCGGCGGCGUACAGCCCGUGCAAACGGUCGAGGAGCUGAACCUUACCACCGAAGAUCUGUCCAUGGCGGACACGGAGUUCGAUAAGCUGUUUAUAGAGCAAAUGAGUCCCCGCAAACCGCCGACGGCGUACCUGCCGCCGAACGCCCAGAAGCUCCCGUUCAUGGCGGAGCUGAAGGGCGGCAUCCUCAAGUCAAAGUCCGGCUGCGUCGGGCUGUUUCCGGCCGAUCUGAACUCGGAGCUAAAGUCGCGCCUGAAAAAGUCCACCCACUCGGCGGUGAGCAACCUGAAGAAGUCGACCACCGUGUCCAGCAUCGAGGCGGCGGCACCAGCACCACCGACGGUGCGAUCGUCCUCCGAGUCGGAGGAGGAGGAUGACGACGACGAGGACGGUGUGGCGCCGGGCAAGAAUCUCGCCAAGAUGCUGCGCAACGUGUCGAACACGGCCAACAACAGUGGGGCAUCGCAGCCACCGCCACCGUCGUACAUACCGCUGCCGAUUCCGGCCUUCCCGCGUACGUUCGCGGGCAGUGACGCCGAUGGCGGUAACGCCCUCAACCGGGAGCUGCUGUCGAUCAACAAGAAUCCGGCCGUCGCUAGGCGCCGUCGUCAGAAUGAAGGCUACAAGCAGCAACAGUUGAUUAAAAGCAAAAGCCAAUCCGAGCUUGCCACCUUCAUACCGGCGUCGGCCAUCAUCUACCAUAAUACGGCCAACAACGGCGGUGCACCGGCGGCACCAUCAGCACUACUAACGCACGGCGGCAGCAGUAAUGCAUUCGGUCUCGGUGGCAUUGCUGCACCAUCGACCACAGCCCUAACUGCUGCCUCAGCCCCUCACGGCUUCUACCCCGAGCAGAACAACAAUAAUAAUCAUCACAGCAGCUUCGGACACGGUUCCGGACAGCAGCAGCAGCAGCAGAGGACGGAGGACGACUUCAGUUUCCCAGCGUUCGGUGCACUGCGCCGCUGCCUGACAGAGGAGAUGCGCCCCGACCAGGACGGUUCGAUGGUGAAGAGCGUGUCGAUAGCGGAGCGGCUGGCGGCACUGAAGAAGAGCGGCGAGGACGAUUGGCGCAAGCGCGUCUCCAAGAAGGAUGUGCCCGACGACGUGCGGCGGGAAAAUCUGGUCAAUAAUGCACUCAUCGUUGCCAAGUCCCACGAAAGCCCAGUGAAAAACAACUCACCACGACCGUUCAGUCGGCCGGCGGACCUGGAGGGUGGAAACAUUUCCGAUCGGUUGGGCAAGAUCAAGACGUCGUCGGAAAAUUGGAAAAAUCGUGUCGAACUCUCCGAUGCGACCAACUUCACCGUUGCGGGCCGGCUGCCCGCAACCAAAUCGCCCAAGCUACCGUUCAUCAAGUCGGACACGAAGCAAUCGCCCGCGAUGAACGUGUUCCGCAGCGUUAACCCACCGCAGCUCGGCCUGUCCAAGAGUCCCUCGAUGAUGGUGUCCUCCGUGGUCACUUCCUCGACCGUUUACGGACAGCAGCCACCGACGGCGGCAGCGCCGCCAGCAUUCGGUGCCCGCCCUACCAGCGUUCCGGCGCCCCAAUUUUCUAGUCCCGCUCCGGCAAUGUUCCAGCAGCAGAGCCAGCAGCAGCAGCAGCAGCAGCAGCACCGUGUGGUUGAAAGUCUCAUGAAGCGUAGCAUAAGCGUGCCGGGCGUACCGUCCGGCGGCGAGCGAACGUUUGGCGGCGAUCUCAAAACACAACAACCGGUCGGCUCGAAGGUCGCCAUCCCGAAGCUGGACGAUGAAAGCUUCGGCUCGUUCUUCGGGAAGGUGGCGAACGGUGCGACCAGCACGGCCACAACCGGCAGCUUUAGCAGCAGCCUCACCAGCAGCAGCAGUAUGAUGAGUAGCAGCAGCUCCACCGCCGAGGUUACGUUCGGUGAUCUCGACACACUCAAGACCAGCGGCGAGAAGCUGACGCAGAAGAAGGUGGUACAGGGGCCGCGGGGCCGCCGGGCCAUGUCGCGCAAUCCGCUCAAGACGCUGGCCGCCCGGGACGACCUGCAGACGGAGUACACCGAGAUAAGGACAGGCAUCGCCGACAAGGAGAUGCGCCGACUUAAACUAGAAGCAAUUGCCAAAAGUAGCAAUCUGGCCGUAGAAGCGCUAGCCGGCUUAGCGUCCGUUGAGGAUUUCAAAUCGGUCAGUCUCAAGUCUAGCUCGCUGCCGCUGAAUCAGUCGUUUGUCCCGCACAAACCGCUGAUGUUGCUGCAGGUGAAGGGCCGUCGGCACGCGCAGACGCGCCUGGUGGAACCGGCCGCCCGCUCGGUCAACCGGGGCGAUUGCUUCAUCCUCGUCACCGCCGACCGGCUGUUCGCCUUUCUCGGCCAGUACGCGAACGUGAUCGAGCGGUCGCGCUGCAAGGAAAUCUGCGAGCAGAUCGUGCGCGACAAGGACCUGGGCUGCAGUGCGGCCAGCGUGACGCUGCUGAACGAUGGGGGUGUGACGGCCGGCCGGCAGGCGCGCGACUUUUGGGCGCUGCUGGGCCGCGGGCAGGAGGACGAGGGCGUGUGCGAUUCGGGGCACGCGGACGAGGACGAGCUGUUCGAGGCGUGCCUGAUCGAGACGAACAUGGUGUACGAGUACGGGGAGGAGUCGCUCGUGCCGGUGGAGGAUUACUGGGGCGCGAUACCGAAGAUAGCGAUGCUGGACCCGCGCAAGGUGCUGGUGUUUGAUUUCGGCUCCGAGCUGUACGUGUGGAGCGGCAAGAGUGCGCCGGCGGAGAGCAAGCGGGCGGCCCUGCGGCUGGCCCAGGAGCUGUACGGCGGCGGGUACAGCUACGAGGAGUGCCAGCUAAGCCCGCUCAACUUCGCGGAGCUGGCGGGCGAUCGGCAGCGGGACGCAAGGCGACUGUCCAAAGCGGGCAACAGCCGGCCGGAGUGGUGCCUGAUCGCCCGCGUCACCCAGCACAUGGAGACGGUGCUGUUCCGCGAGAAGUUCCUCGACUGGCCGGACGUGACGGUGCAGUUCCGGGACGAGUAUGGCGGGGAUGGAGCGUCCCCGACCGGGCUCGAGAUACGGCCGCUGGACGGCCCGGAGCUGUACGGGCGCGCCGAACCGUACCAGGAGCCGAACCUGGUGCUGGAAAACUCCAACCUCGGGCGGGGCGACUUCUACUACGACCAGGACUCGAUGCGCCACUUCGAUGUGCGCACCACGUCCGUGACGCAGUGGGAGAUUGACGAGUACGAGUACAAGGAGAUCGAUGGGACGUCGCGCGGCCACUUCUACGCCGACGAAAGCUACACCGUGCGCUGGAUGUACCAGAUCAGCGUGACGGUGCGCGAGCUGAGCGGCAAGGUGUCGAACCGCAGCACGGUGGUCGGUCGCGACCGGUGCGCCUACUUCUGCUGGCACGGCCGGGACGCGUCGGCGAACGAGAAAGGGGCGGCGGCACUGCUAACGGUCGAGCUGGACAAGGAGAAGGGUGCGCAGGUGCGUGUGGCGCAGGGCCAGGAGUCGGCCGCCUUUCUGCGACUGUUCCAGGUGAUGUUCGUGCAUCGCAGCAAGCGCGUGGCGAAGGCGGGCUGGCGCAUGUACAUGAUUACCGGCAACUUCCCGGAGGAAACGAUGUGCACGGAGGUGGACGGUUGCAGCAUGCGGCAGCUACGUUCCCGUGCCACGAUGCUGCUGGUGCAUGGCGAGCGCGGUCGGGUGCUACUCUGGCAGGGCUGUAAGGCACUGCCACACGCGAAGGAAGUGGCCGCAAACGUGCUGCGCGUAGUGCUGGAGCAAAAGUGUCCCGAGCUGUUCGACGAAACGCUGUCGAAUCUGUCCUCGGCCGUCGUGGAGGAAGGUCACGAGACGGACGAGUUCUUUGAUGCGGUCGGAGGGCAGAACAGACAUCACUAUCACAGCCUGCUCGGGUCGGAGCAGUGUUACGACUUUACGCCACGCAUCUUCCACCUGACGAGCAUCAACAAUGGCAACUUUGAGGCGACCGAGCUGCAGUGUGCGCUGCGUGCGAAGGACCGCCCCACGGCGUACCCGUUCCGGCAGGAGGAUCUUUACAGCGCCCGUCAGCCAACGAUCUUCCUGAUCGAUAAUGGGCACGUGCUGUGGCUGUGGCAGGGCUGGUGGCCGACGGGCGACGAGUCGGGCAGCGACAGUGGCGCCGGCGGCGAGACGAACCACAGCAGCUUCGACAGCAACCGGUCGGGCGAGAACCGGUGGCAGGUGGAGCGGCGGGUCGCAAUGGAGACGGCCGUCUCGUACUGGAAGGCGAAACAGCGGCAGGCAGGCGUAGGCGAACGCGUGACAAAUGGCAAUGGGCAUGCGAUUGCUACUACGGCGACGACGGCGGAUGAGAAUGGAAACGAUGAGCAGGGUGUCGAUGAGGUCGAUGCCAAGCCGACGACGGACCACCGGAAGCAGGAGCAUCACCGUGUGGAGCCCCCGCCGCCGACUGCUGCUCCGGGUGACCACGUGCAUGGGUUCGUCGUCUGGGCCGGGCUGGAACCGCUCGAAUUCACUGCCAUGUUCCCGGAGUGGACCGAACGGGACGAUGUCGCAGAAAUCAAUGUGCAGGAUGGUCGUAAAUCGACACCGCAACCCAUCUACGACAGCCUGUCGUUGCUGUCCCGCAAGGAGUACCCGUUGGCCGUGCUGCUCGAACGCCCCCUGCCCGAGGGCGUCGAUCCGACGAAGCUCGAGCUGUACCUGCACGAGCUCGAUUACCAGGAGGCGCUCGGGCUGAGCAAGCAGGAGUACGAUCAGCUGCCCGCCUGGAAGCAGACGAAGCUGAAGAAGGAGCGUGGUUUGUUCUAAUAACACACCGGUGUCGGACAAAAAACAGAAGGGAAAAGGCCAUACAGACACAGAGGGCGGACAGAUAGGAAGGAAGUAGGAAUGAGACAGGAAAGCGAAUACGAUUGGAGACAGUUUCGAGGGUUUUGAUUUGUGUUCGUCCGAGGAUGUCCAUGUUUGUUUCAAAAUUAGUUUCCCUUUAAGGGGUGGGAGCUCUGCUCUAAUGAUAUUACUUAGGUUUUUUUUCGUUUUCUUUUGAGUUGUUAUUUUGUGUUUCUUUUCGGUUUUGUUUUGUGAGCGAGAUAAAUUUAGUAGCAAGUUAUCAAACUCCCCUCUUUUUGAGCCGCCCGUAGAGUAGCGUCAUUCUCUCUUCUUUAUUUGCUUAAGUUUUACCGAUGUGUACCACUAAAGGAUAAAGAUGUACGUGUGCUGUGCGUGUGAUUUUGUGUGCUUGUGUGGGGUUGAGAUAUCCAACAGCCAAUCCAAUGGAGGAAAGAGAGAGAGAGAGAGAGAUAGAGAGAGAGAUAGAGGAAAAAGGAAGGUCGUGCUCUAGUUCAUUCAUGUUGUGUUCGUUUUGUUUUAAUAAUUUAAAAAUAUAAAACCAUUUAUUUUAUUCCUACCAACACAACACUCUGUGUCGCAAGGAACAGGCGUUAAACUGCGUAAAUGGCGCCGUAAUGAGAAAGGCUUGAAGGUGGUAGUGUGCCGUAGAGAGAAGGGACCGUAAGGAGACGUUCAGAAAAGGCCCAGUAGAUUGAGUUGAGGGGUUUUGAGCUUUCUUAUCCUAUUUUCUCCCUUGUAGAUAUGUGAUUUUCUUUACCCUUUCUACCCCAUUUUCAAUCGUUACAUCUUGCCACCUUUUUGUUAGUUUUGUGGUUUUGUUGUGUAAAGGUGUUAACCACACCCUCUCUCUCUUUUUGUUUUCCCGAUGGUGCUUUUAGUUGCUGAGUAGUUUUGGUUUUAAGAAGAACAACAAGGUUUGUGUUAAUUUUAUUUCUUCCAAUUUCUCGGAACACCGAACAUGGAUCGAUGGAUUUCUUUACAUUUAAACGUGGAUGAUGAUGUUACGGGGCAGGAAACGACGCAAAGAGGCAUGGAAAUAGCUUGUACUUAAGUAGGGACUAGCCGAAGCCCCAGGACAGGACGGGAAAGGCGGUUGGCGGUAGUAUCGUGUGUCGUUGAUUUGAAGAAAAAAAGCAAACGAAAUUGAUGUCUUUUAAGACGAAGCGAUGCCGGAGAAACAUAAUCAAUUAAUCGUGUCGUGUAUACAGUUUUCUUAUAUAGUUUUAAAACCCCCCGCCCCCCGCAUUAUAGUCAAAUGUGCGCUGGCGGCGUGUCUCUACUACUACUAUUACUACUACUAUUACUAUUACACGAUAUCAUUAUUGUUUCUUACUUUCAUUCGUUUUGGGUUGUUUUUUUAUCUUUAACUAAGUGCAGCGUGAACUCUAAACUGUAUGUGUUAGUACACCUUGAACGAAGCAGAAAAAAGAAGAAAAAGAAGAAGAAGAUUUCAUUACGAUGUCGAACAAAGCAUGAUGACAAAAAAAACAAAGGAAGAAGCCCCGCGCGUUUACCGAAUGUGAAUUUUGUAGUUUGUAAUUGGGAAACGACAGGCUGGUGGGAAGGAAAGAAUUUGCGCGAGAGAGAGAGAAAAGAGAAGCAAACCCAACAUAUUAUACACGUACAUUUAUAUAUAACUUAUACAAGAAAAAAUCAAGCUAAAGCUAAAAAACCACCAUUAUACUUACCAUACACCCCACCACAUGCGGUCAUUUCGGUCACACAUUUAGCGAGAACGAACACGAAUAUUGCGGGCACACACGCGGUGAUGAUAGCAAGGACACACUGAGUUAUUAGAGUGUGUGUGUAUGUGUUGUCGGUAUAUUUUUGUAAAGGUGAAGAGAUAAGGCGAAACAAAACCCCCGACACACAACACUGCUGCUGUGUUUGUAUAGCGUCACAGCGGGAACCGGUUCGCACAGAGAGAGAGAGAGAGAGCGGAUGGUUGAGCUGCUGAACACUGCGCGCCUUUGUUCGAAGCACACACUGCAGUGGUAGUAGUAGGCCAUGGAAGCAGGUGUAGUGUGCACUUGUCAGUCAAUUGAUGAGUUCAGUUUCGGCUGCUGCUGCUGCCGAUUGACGCCCUUUUACGUUUAGUGCAAUAGAGUUUAUCCUUUUCUGCGAGUCCGCCUUUUUUCUUACCGCGAACCGUCGUGCCGUCAUCAUUAUUUCUAUCAAAAUUUCGCGCGUGUAUGUGUGUUUGUAUGUGCGUAUGAUAAGCCGCGUGCGUGUGUGUGUGUGUGUUUUGUACUGAGAUUUGACUUUGACGUGGUGUGCACAACAGCAUAUCAUCCCACUCUUCAGUCCCCGUUCUCCACUUGAUGAUGGCGUUCCAACAUGGAUCCCGUUGGAUUUUUGAAAAAAAAAACAAUAAGACGUUUGAUGUGAGGGAGAAAAAGGGUGUGUGUGUGUGUGGAUAAACAGUACGAACAGUGAGGAAAAUGUAAAGCCAAAUAAAAAAAACAAUGUGAAGAAAAAUA